AUGAAGAUUCCCUUUAUUUUGGCCAGCUUCGUCCUGGUCGUGUUUUCCGCACAUGUGCUAUUUCCGCCAUCCAUCGAAUUCGAUCACAUGGACGUAGAAGCAGUUGGUCCCGGCGCCAACCAACGCAGGGGUUUUUGGAAACGCCAGCUUGUUCCUCCUCGCAUCACACCGGUCACGACCAGCAAUACUUUGACGCCCACCACCACUAGGACUUGGUCCACCACAAAGUGCUGGUGCAAGGACAAGAUAUGCAGCGCGCAGUGUAACACCGCGCCUCCGCCUACCCCAACAACCACUGAGUUUCUUCCUACCGAAACGUACAAUUUAUGGGUUCGUGGGGAUGCAGAAGCCGAGACUACGUCUACGCCUGGGGAACACUGUUACUGCAGGCCCGGUGCUAAGAAGUGUAUAUUGAUCUGCAGCUUGCCUUUGGCUCCGACGGAAGGGACAAGGAAGUGUAGCCGCAGCCAAAGUACGACUACGACAACAACUACUACCGCCACUGAGACGGCAGUCAAUCGAGUCACCACCGUGACUGUUACGAUAACCGGAACUGUGACUGUCUCGACUUUGACUUAUACCCAAGCUUCGACGUCGACAUCAUCUUCUCUCUCCUCCACAUCAUCUCCGACCUCGUCGUCUCUGACCUCGUCUCCAACCUCGUCCACAUCUCUGAGCCCGGGAGCUGGCACGGUCAUAAAUACAAUCACCAAUAUCAACACCGUGACGAACACCAUCACCAUAACCGUUUCUACGGACCCAGAGCCGACUUACGUCCUCAAUCCUUUCCCCACGAAGCCCGAUGGCUUCCCGCAACCCAUAAUGACUCUCUUAGCGGAUGAAGCCCGCGAAGAGGCACAUCUGCCCAACCAGCCUCGACACAUGGCGGGUGGCAUAACUGUUGCGCCCCCAAUCAUCAUACCAACCAAGCACUUGUACACCCCACGGAUAUACCUCACCCGUAUCGCCCAUCUCAUUGACGACGAAGGGAAGAUCAGGCCCACGUUCGUGACCCUGACGCCCUCGGAUUUCAUGGAGUACCUGAGCUUCAAGACAAUGUUAACCUUCCCCCCCGACAGAGUGAUGACGUCGACGUCUCUCAGCUCCAUUCCGCUCUCGGUGACCUGGUGGAAGCCCAUCAAGCCUGGCCAGAUCUACAACGAGGUGGUUGACCCGAGGACCGCCCCCAUUUUGACCCGUCCGUUGACCGAGAUAUACUCGACCUUGACGGUCUCGUGGCCCACGGACAUUCCCCUCCCGUCGGCUUCCUUGGAGACAACAAGCAGCACCACCAGCACCACCAGCACCAGCACCACACUCCAGACGUCGACGUCGACGUCCACUAGCUCCAUUCCGUUUUUCAAGACCUGGCAAAAGCCCAUCAGGAGUGAUGACGCUUCCAACGAAGCGGUCGACCCGAGAACCGCCACUCUUUCAACCCGUCCGCUGACCGAGAUAUACCCGACCUUGACGACUUCGUCGUCAUCCUCGGAGGAAACCAGCGCACAUCGUCGUACGCGGACUAGAGAUUUCACGCUUUUUAGAGCAAAGUUUAGUCCACCCUCGUCCAAAACUUCUCAGGCCUCGACGGCCGCUGAGGCUUCAGCAAUCCCCUUGCACAUCAAACCGUCUCCAGCACGCCCAUAG